CAGUCUGAAACGUCCAGUCCUUGGCUUGCUGCGUACUUCCGUGAAUUCCGAACAAGGCUGCUUUCCUUGCUGUCUUUCGAGUUUAGGAAACUGCCGAUAAACCUCGGCUUGUCUCUGCUGCAAGUGAGGAACAAGGAAGUGUCGACGGCUUUGCACUGUGAUAGGAAAACCAUCACUCGUGAACAGUUGGCAAUGUUCUUGUCGAAUGUGGAUCUCAAACGGCUGUCGGAAUAUGCACGCAAUUUGGUUGAUCAUCAAAUGAUCACGGAUUUGCUGCCAACUGUGUCUCGGUUGUAUUUUGGAGAUCAGUUGAGGGAAAAUGUCAAACUCUCAACGGUACAAGCUGCGGUAUUGCUUGGACUUGGUUUGCAGCACAAGAGCGCUGAGAAUGUUUUCGCCCUACAGUCGAAGACAAUCAGGAAGUUAUCGGAUGAGUUUGAUACCAUGUGUAUGGAUUCUAUUCGUGAACUCAUUCCUGAUAAAACUCAGAAGAUG